CGGGAAGUCUGGUAAAUUCCGAGAAAGACUCCCCACGGCCGCCUCACACCCCGAGCCAUUCCUCACGGGGUGAAAUGGGGCGAGCCCGCACGCCCCUCGGCGCUAAGCUGUGUCGUCACCGCGAGGGCGGGACUUCCUCCGGGACAGCAAUUUCCGACGUCGUCCGGAAGUCGGUGCUGGACCGGUCAAUACCGGGCCGGUUCCUCCCCUUGCAUUGCUCGGCUUCCUGCAGUUCCUCCUUAGGCGACUCCGGGCCGUUACCACCGGCUCCCCGCGAAGUGCACGUCGGGAAUCCUGUCGCUCUUAGCUCGUCUCAAGCGCGGCCGCCCGCAGAGUUUACCUGCUGCACACGGGGCCGCGUGUCGCCUAUGGCGGGGGCUGCUCCGAUCACGGCCUUUGGGCAGGCGGUGAUCGGCCCGCCCGGCUCGGGGAAGACCACGUACUGCCUGGGCAUGAGUGAGUUCUUGCGCGCGCUGGGCCGUCGCGUGGCGGUGGUGAACCUGGACCCGGCCAAUGAGGGGCUGCCCUAUGAAUGCGCCGUGGACGUGGGCGAGCUGGUGGGGCUGAGCGACGUGAUGGACGCCCUGCGGCUAGGACCCAACGGCGGCCUGCUCUACUGCAUGGAGUACCUGGAAGCCAACCUAGACUGGCUGCGUGCCAAGCUUGACCCCCUCCGCGGCCAUUACUUUAUCUUCGACUGCCCAGGCCAAGUGGAGCUCUGCACACACCACGGUGCCCUGCGUAGCAUCUUCUCCCAGAUGGCACAGUGGGACCUCCGGCUGACUGCUGUCCACCUGGUGGAUUCUCACUAUUGCACAGACCCGGCCAAGUUCAUUUCAGUACUGUGUACCUCCCUGGCCACCAUGCUGCACGUAGAGCUGCCCCACGUCAACCUCCUCUCCAAGAUGGACCUCAUUGAGCACUAUGGGAAGCUGGCCUUCAACCUGGACUACUACACAGAGGUCCUGGACCUCUCUUACUUGCUCGACCACCUGGCGUCUGACCCUUUCUUCCGUCACUACCGUCAGCUCAAUGAGAAACUGGUGCAGCUCAUUGAAGACUACAGCCUGGUCUCCUUCAUUCCUCUCAAUAUCCAGGACAAGGAGAGUAUCCAGCGGGUCCUGCAGGCUGUGGAUAAAGCCAAUGGCUACUGCUUCGGGGUCCAAGAGCAGCGAAGCCUGGAGGCCAUGAUGUCUGCUGCAAUGGGAGCUGACUUCCAUUUCUCCUCCACCCUGGGCAUCCAGGAGAAGUACCUGGCACCCUCAGACCAGUCAGUGGAGCAGGAAGCUAUGCAGCUGUAGCAAAAACCUGGGCUCUGAAGAAGACGACCUACAACCCAGCACUGGGGAAAGCUGCGCCUCCGGGUGAGCAGUGGACAGCUCAGCAGGCUGCAGAUCCAAGAACAGUCCUUCCAGCUCAAGCUGGGAGGCUGGUGAGGGGACACCCAGCCUGCAAAGGACUCCUGGCCAAAAACCAGACAUGGUGCCAAGCAGAGCACCCAGCACAGUGAGCUCUGGGCACCACCACUGGGAAUUCAGCACUGACCCCACUCAGACUAUGGUGGAAUGUGCUACAAAUACAAGAGUUUAUUUUCCGCUUUUUGUGGCUUUCAAACUUUCUUCAACCAUCCAAGGAGUUGGGGUAGAACACAAGGGCAUGUCACCUUCCCUCCAAAGAGUUCUGUUUCUUCAUAUAGGGCAGUGUUUCCCCCAAAGCAAAGGAUCAUACUGGAGGAUUGACACUCAUUCUCCAAUCAUAUGCUUGUGUUAAUCUUCAGGUUUAACAGUGAUCCUUAAGCUUGAGCUUUCACAGGCAACACUUCUUAGUUAGAUGUUAACAUUUUAUUUUCAUUGUAUUUAUUUCACGGUUUUAUUCUAUUUUUGGCAAAUGCUAACUAGUUUUCCAUUUAUAGUAGUGAUUAAAAGUUUGCUUUAAAAAUGAAGUUAUUUAUACAAAAUGAGUUGUUUAAAGAAAAGUAAAUAUUAAGUAUAUAAUAGCAUGUAGGGGCAUGGCAAAAAUUAAGAUGGUUUGAAGUUGGAAAUACUGGUGUUUGCUUCCUUUACUCUUGCAACUGGUUGGAUGCAAUUCAUAUUUUCAACCAAUAGGUGGCAACCCAGGCUUAUUAAUUUUGCAGUUGUAACUUGGAGGCACUAGGGAACAGUUCACAGUUGUCCUGUUAACGCAUGGAAGGGCUUGGUGUUUUCCAAAGUGCUUUCACACACGUGGUCUUCAUGUGGUCCAUACAGCAACUCCUAGAGAUACAGACAAGAUGGGACUAUUACUAAGCCCCACUUUUCAGUGAGAAAACAGAAAGGUGAGUUUGAACUUCGGUCAGCAUGGCUCUCAUAGUCCACUUCACUGACUUCUUAAUUGUGAAUACUUAAUGGUGAAAGGCACAUCCAGUAUCCCACAGGAUUUGUAGCCAAUCGGAAGGAAGAAUUUAGACACCUGAAGAGUAUUACUGAAUCAUAAAGCAAGGGGAAGAUAAGUCACUGGUGGUUUGAACAGUUGGAUAAUUCAGUUUAGGAAAAUCGAUUGUGAAGUGGCAUUGAGAUGAAGAUGACUGAGCUUUCCAGUAUCGGCAGCAAAGUGAGGGGCGAUGAGGAGACUCCUAUGGCUGGAACAGUAUGAGAGCAGCCAGUCUCUGCUCCCACGCCUGGCCUUGUAGGGGAUAAUAAUCAGGUGCUGCUUCUCCAGCCUCUUUCAUCUGAGGAGUUCAAAGCACCUCACACCUAUUAACACCCUGCAAAGUAGGAGGGGAGUAUCAACAGAGCAAGCCAGGGAAACUGAGGCCAGGAGGCACAGCCUGGGGCUGGUUGUGAAUCACCUAUGAGGCCUAGAGCCCAGGAAUCUGACGCCCAGGCUAUUGGACAAAUCCCUCAUCAGGGCGGGUGGGUGGAUGCUGAGUUUUUGAAAAUAGUACCAAUAGCUGUGGUCAUAAGUUUUGAAGCUUACCUCAUCACAGAGGCCGUGGCUCUCAGCAAAGCAAACCAGUUGGAAGGAAGGUGCCAUUUAGAACUUUAUGGGCUCAUGCAAGCACCCUCAGCAUUUAUUCUCUGCAGUCAUGGAGUGGAGAAGGAUGGAAAUAAUCCAAAACUUUAUUUUCAGGUCUUAGUGUGACAGCAAGGGUGUUUCUCCUCCAGUAAAUGUAGCUCUGUCCACCUCCCACGGUAGCAGAAUGAUUAUCAUGUUGGGGAGGGGACAGCACAAUGCAGAAAAGAGACAUCUGGGUUCCAGGUCUGUUCUGCAUGAAGUGUGCAAGGUAGAAUGACCAUCCUCCAGUAUGGCUGGCAUAUGGCAACUAUCCUUAAGAUUUUUUUUUAAAUUUCCUGAUAAAAAUAGACAAGUAAAAACCUUGGAAAAUGAAAAUUAAACCCAUAAUCCCAUAAUACAGAAAUAAAAAUAUUUACAAUCUACAAUAAAUUUUCUAUUCAAAUAUAUAUUUUGUAUAUUUUCUUUUUCUAUACAUGCACAGGGAUAGUUACAGUGUUUAUGUAAGUGGGAUGUUGUAAUUGCUUUGUAACCUGCUGUUUUUAGCUAACACUAUUUCCAUGUAAUUAAAAAUAUAAAGACCUUUUUAAUGUU